CUGGGCCAGCGCCCCCUGCGUCUCCACCCGGGCAGCCGCCCUUUGGGAAGAGGACGAAGCCGAGUAGCGGCUUGCUCAGACUCCUAGUCUCGGUCGCCGCCCUCUCCAACGCGUCUCAGGGAAAAGGAGGGAACGCGGAGGGCAUCGCGGCGCCCCGGCGGAUGAGCCCCCCGCCGCCUCUCAGGCUGCGCCGCCUCGCGGGGAUGAAGCACUGGCCGUGAAGAUGGAGGUGACCUGCCUUCUACUUCUGGCGCUGAUCCCCUUCCACUGUCGGGGACAAGGAGUCUACGCUCCAGCCCAGGCCCAGAUCGUGCAUGCAGGGCAGGCCUGUGUGGUGAAGGAGGACAACGUCAGCGAGCGAGUCUACACCAUCCGAGAGAGCGACACCCUGGUGCUGCAGUGCCUGGUCACUGGACACCCUCGGCCCCAGGUGCGGUGGACCAAAACUGCCGGCAGCGCAUCAGACAAGUUCCAGGAGACGUCAGUGUUCAAUGAGACUCUGCGGAUUGAGCGCAUUGGCCGCACGCAGGGAGGUCGCUACUACUGCAAGGCGGAGAACGGAGUGGGCGUACCGGCCAUCAAGUCUAUCCGUGUGGACGUGCAGUACUUAGACGAGCCUGUGCUGACGGUGCACCAGACGGUGAGCGACGUCCGAGGCAACUUCUACCAGGAGAAGACUGUGUUUCUGCGCUGUACCGUCAGCUCCAACCCGCCCGCCCGCUUUAUCUGGAAGCGGGGCUCCGACACCCUGUCCCACAGCCAGGACAAUGGGGUUGACAUCUACGAGCCUCUCUAUACUCAGGGGGAGACGAAGGUCUUGAAGCUGAAGAACCUGCGGCCCCAAGACUAUGCCAGCUACACCUGCCAGGUGUCCGUGCGCAACGUCUGCGGCAUCCCAGACAAGGCUAUCACCUUCCAGCUCACCAACACCACGGCACCUCCAGCCUUGAAGCUGUCUGUGAACGAAACUCUGGUGGUGAACCCUGGGGAGAACGUGACAGUGCAGUGUCUGCUGACGGGCGGCGAUCCCCUCCCCCAGCUGCACUGGUCCCACGGACCUGGCCCACUGCCCCUGGGAGCUCUGGCUCAGGGUGGUACCCUCAGCAUCCCUUCAGUGCAGGCCCGGGAUUCUGGCUACUACAACUGCACAGCAACCAACAAUGUAGGCAACCCAGCCAAGAAGACGGUCAACCUGCUGGUGCGAUCCUUGAAGAAUGCCACAUUCCAGAUCACCCCCGACAUGAUCAAAGAGAGCGAGAACAUUCAGCUGGGUCAGGACCUGAAGCUGUCCUGCCACGUGGACGCCGUGCCCCAGGAGAAGGUGAACUACCAGUGGUUUAAAAACGGCAAGCCGGCACGCACAUCCAAGAGGCUGCUGGUGACCCGAAAUGACCCGGAGUUGCCUGCCAUCACCAGCAGCCUGGAGCUCAUUGACCUACACUUCAGUGACUACGGCACUUACCUGUGCGUGGCUUCUUUCCCGGGGUCACCUGUGCCCGACCUCAGCGUAGAGGUCAACAUCUCCUCCGAGACAGUACCGCCCACCAUCAGUGUGCCCAAGGGCCGAGCAGCGGUGACAGUUCGGGAGGGCUCUCCUGCCGAGCUCCAAUGCGAAGUGCGGGGCAAGCCCCGGCCUCCAGUGCUGUGGUCUCGAGUGGACAAGGAGGCCGCCCUUCUGCCCUCGGGGCUGGCCCUGGAAGAGACUCCGGAUGGGAAGCUGCGGCUGGAAAGUGUGAGCCGAGACAUGAGCGGUACCUACCGCUGCCAGACUGCUCGCUACAAUGGUUUCAACGUACGACCCCGGGAGGCUCAGGUGCAGCUGACGGUACACUUCCCUCCAGAGGUAGAGCCCAGUUCCCAAGACGUGCGCCAGGCUCUGGGCCGGCCUGUGCUCCUGCGCUGCUCGCUCCUGCGUGGCAGUCCCCAACGCAUCGCCUCGGCCGUGUGGCGCUUCAAAGGACAGCUGCUGCCCCCGCCGCCUGUUCUCCCCGCCACUGCUGCUGAGACCUCCGAUCACGCAGAACUGCGCCUGGACGCCCUGACCCGUGACAGCAGUGGCAGCUACGAGUGCAGCGUCUCCAACGACGUGGGCUCAGCCACCUGCCUCUUCCAGGUCUCCGCCAAAGCCUACAGCCCGGAGUUUUACUUCGACACCCCCAACCCCACCCGCAGCCACAAGCUGUCCAAGAAUUACUCCUAUGUGCUGCAGUGGACACAGAGGGAGCCAGAUGCCGUGGACCCCGUGCUCAACUACAGACUCAGCAUCCGACAGUUGAACCAGCACAAUGCCAUGGUCAAGGCCAUCCCUGUUCGGCGUGUGGAGAAGGGACAGCUGCUGGAGUACAUCUUGACUGAUCUCCGCAUGCCCCACAGCUAUGAGAUCCGCCUCACACCCUACACCACCUUUGGGGCUGGUGACAUGGCUUCCCGAAUCAUCCACUACACAGAGCCUAUCAACUCGCCCAGCCUGUCAGACAACACCUGUCACUUUGAGGAUGAGAAAAUCUGCGGCUACACCCAGGAUCUGACAGACAACUUUGACUGGACGCGGCAGAAUGCGCUUACCCAGAACCCCAAGCGCUCUCCCAAUACUGGGCCUCCUACUGACAUCAGUGGCACCCCUGAAGGCUAUUACAUGUUCAUUGAGACCUCCAGACCCCGGGAGCUGGGGGACCGCGCAAGGCUGGUGAGUCCCCUGUACAACGCCAGCGCCAAGUUCUACUGCGUCUCUUUCUUCUACCACAUGUAUGGGAAACACAUCGGUUCCCUCAACCUCCUGGUGCGGUCCAGGAACAAAGGCGCUCUAGACACGCACGCCUGGUCCCUCAGUGGCAAUAAGGGUAACGUGUGGCAGCAGGCUCAUGUGCCCAUCAACCCCAGCGGGCCCUUCCAGAUUAUUUUUGAGGGGGUUCGAGGCUCGGGCUACCUGGGGGAUAUUGCCAUAGAUGAUGUCACACUGAAGAAGGGAGAGUGUCCCCGGAGGCAGAUGGAUCCCAACAAAGUGGUGGUGAUGCCAGGCAGUGGAGCCCCCUGCCUGCCCAGCCUGCAGCUCUGGGGAUCUAUGGCCAUCUUCCUCUUGGCGUGGCAGAGAUGAUGAGAGCCGUGUGGCCCCCACCCAACCCUGCCCCCGGCACACCAAAGUGUCCACAUCGUACCAAAGACUGACCCCUGCCAGCCGGGGUGCCCAGGGGCGGGGCCGGCCCGCCAGGGAGGGGGCCUUCAUUGGCUGCAAGGAUGAGCAGAGAACUCGGACAGAGGCCAGGCCAGGCUCUGGUGGUUGUUCAACACACACACACUCACACACACACUCACACUCACACACACAGAUAUAUUAAAGCACAAGUUUCUAUUCGACCUGCCAGCACCUCCUUUACUGUGGAGAUGAGACUUACGUGGAUGGCGUCCACCACCUCCAGGG